GUUAUAUUAUUAUGGACAAGUUGGUUUGGUGAAUCUUGGCCGUAUGAAGAAGGUCGAUUAGUUUGCGGUAAUAAGCAAUUGCAAUGUGAUAUAACGCGUGAUCAAUUUUACUAUGAUCAUAGUAAAGCUGUGGUAUUUCAUGGUGCUGACUCUGCAUGCAGUGAUCCAGCUUUUUUCCCUGAAGAACGUUCUACAAAUCAAAUUUGGGUUUAUCAUAAUAUGGAAAAUCCAAUUAUCAGCUUGAAUAUGGGUGUUCAAUUGACUGAACAACACAAUGGUAUUUUCAACUGGACCAUGACCUAUUCGCGCGAUGCUGAUGUUAUCAUACGUUAUGGUGCUAUUCUCCAUGGCCAACAUCGCAACGGCUAUGAUCCCUAUCACAAUUAUGGCGAGGGUAAAACUCGUCUUGUUGCUUGGGCAUCAAGCAAAUGCUACGAAGGUAGAACACAAUUUGUAUAUAAUUUAAGCCAACAUAUCGAAGUGGAUAUGUUUGGUGAUUGUGGUACUAGCUAUUGUCCUCGUGAUGAAGAAUGCUGGAGCUAUAUGGCUAAACAUUAUAAAUUCUACCUAAGUUUCGAGAAUAAAAUUUGUAAAGAUUAUGUGACUGAAAAAUUCUAUCAUAAUGCUCUAUUGCGUGGUCUUGUACCCAUUGUCAUUGGCGGUGCAAAUUACCAAGAUCAUCAUGUCGCUCCACCUGGAUCGUAUAUUGAUGCAUUGCAAUUUAAUAACGCUGCUGAAUUAGCUAAUUAUAUCCUCAAGGUUAGCAAGGACGAUCAAUUAUAUAACAGUUUCUUUCGUUGGAGAUCCAAUUAUACUAUUGUUGAAUAUGAUACAUUAGAUUAUUUUUGUGCAUUAUGCCAACGGCUACAUCAAAAAAAU